AGAUGAGAAGAGUGUUUAUCAACAAUCUGUGAGUAGUCCUGGAGUGUCAUUUUUAAAUGAAGGCCCAUCUAUUUGUAGUAUAGGCACAUGUACUUUUGAAGUCGGAAGUUUACAUACACCUUAGCCAAAUACAUUUAAACUCAGUUUUUCACAAUUCCUGACAUUUAAUCCCAGUAAAAAUUCCCUGUCUUAGGUCAGUUAGCAUCACCACUUUAUUUUAAGAAUGUGAAAUGUCAGAAUAAUAGAAGAGAGAAUGAUUUAUUUCAGCUUGUAUUUAUUUCAUCACAUUCCCAGUGGGUCAGAAGUUUACAUACACUCAAUUAGUAUUGUAUAGCAUUGCGUUUAAAUUGUUUGACUUGGGUCAAACAUUUCGGGUAGCCUUCCACAAGCUUCCCACAAUAAGUUGGGUGAAUUUUGGUCCAUUCCUCCUGACAGAGCUGGUGUAACUGACUCAGGUUUGUAGGCCUCCUUGCUCGCACACGCUUUUUCAGUUCUGCCCACAAAUUUUCUAUAGGAUUGAGAUCAAGGCUUUGUGAUGGCCACUCCAAUACCUUGACUUUGUUAUAGCCAAACAGUUCUAUUUUUGUUUCAUCAGACCAAAGGACAUUUCUACAAAAAGUACAUUCUUCGUCCCCAUGUGCAGUUGCAAACCGUAGUCUGGCUUUUUUAUGGUGGGUUUGGAGCAGUGUCUUCUUCCUUGUUGAGCGGCCUUUCAGGUUAUGUCGAUAUAGGACUCGUUUUCCUGUGGAUAUAGAUACUUUUGUACCUGUUUCCUCCAGCGUCUUCACAAGGUCCUUUGCUGCUGUUCUGGGAUUGAUUUGCACUUUUGGCACCAAAGUACGUUCAUCUCUAGGAGACAGAGCGCGUCUCCUUUCUGCGCAGUAUGACGGCUGCGUGGUCCCAUGGUGUUUAUACUUGCGUACUAUUGUUUGUACAGAUGAACAUGGUACCUUCAGGCAUUUGGAAAUUGCUCCCAAGGAUGAACCAGACUUGUGGAGGUCUACAGUUUUUUUUCUGUUUUUUUUUCUGAUGUCUUGGCUGAUUUCUUUUGAUUUUCCCGUGAGUUUGAAGGUAGGCCUUGAAAUACGUCCACAGGUACACUUCCAAUUGACUCAAAUGGUGUCAAUUAGCCUAUCAGAAGUUUCUAAAGCCAUGCCAUCAUUUUCUGGAAUUUUCCAAGUUGUUUAAAGGCACAGUCAACUUAGUGUAUGUAAACUUCUGACCCACUGGAAUUGUGAUGCAGUGAAUUAUAAGUGAAAUAAUCUGUCUGUAAACAAUUGUUGGAAAAAUGAUUUGUGUCAUGCACAAAGUAGAUGUCCUAACCGACUUGCCAAAACGAUAGUUUGUUUACAAGAAAUUUGUGGAGUGGUUAAAAAAUGAGUUGUAAUGACUCCAACCUAAGUGUAUGUAAACUUCCGACUUCAACUCUAUGUUGUCUCAUUUGCAUAUUUUAUUACAAUAUUUCAGGAACAUUUUAAUACAGAAAAACCUGGUCUAAAUUCAAACGGUAAAGGUUAAUUUUGAUAUAUAAAGAUAUAAAAAUAACUUAUUAGGGUGUGGUGCCUGGCCUUGUAUAUUAUUCAGGCUACCUGUAGUUAUGCAAUGAUAAGGCACUAUGUCUUCUGACAUUUAAAAAACCUUCCAAGUGACAACAAAUGUAUUAUGAUCGAUUUUUCUCAAGAUAUCUUUAAGAUUUUAAUGUCUAUUUCAGACUAACAUCAUAACGGCGGGGGGCGGCAGGUAUCCUAGUGGUUAGAGCGUUGGGCCAGUAACCGAAAGGUUGCUGGAUCGAAUCCCCAAGCUGACAAGAUGGGAGUUCUCGCGUUAUGGAAGGUGGACGCUCGAGGAAGACUACAGGGAAGUCACAUAGUGAAGCACGACUACACCAAACCCUUAACCUACUGUAUCUUCAGACCAGCACCCCCGGGAGAGGAUGUGGCGAUGCUGGCGCGGGCGGCAGUGGGCGGGGACGAGAGUGCCCUGGACAUGUUCAACUGGAGGAAGGCUGGGAAUGGACCGCCGCUCAAGAUGGGCCCUCAGGAGGGUCUGGUGUUCUACGUCGGCACGGCAGACGGCAAGGUGCACUGUGUGGAUGAGCAUGGCAGGAGCAGCCCAGUGCUCAGUGUGGACGGCUCCAUCCAGAAGCUCUUCUAUCUGAAGAGGAGAGAAGUCCUGGCCGUUGUCACGGAAACCCUUUUGUUAUCGCAGUACACUCUGGGACCUGAGGGGGGAGCCCAGGAGCUCAUGAAGGUGAAGCUGAGUGGGAAAAGUGGCCAAAGCGCAGACAUCGUUUCAACAGAGACAGGCCUCCUCAUCACAGCUACAGGGGAACAGGUCAUCAGGCUCUGGGACUUGGAGAGGGAUGACAACUAUGUGCUUUCUCUGGAUGAGAGCCUUGGCUUUGAGAAAGGAGAGGUGUUGAACUGUGUCUCCUACUGCACAGCCAAAGAGAUCCUAGCUGCAGGCACCAACAGGGGGCGUAUAGCUCUGUGGAGGAUGGUGAGCCAGCCCAACACCAGGACAGACACCAAGGCCCAGUGGAAACUACAGACACCCACGGAGAUCGAGGGCAAUGUCACCCAGCUCCAGUGGGGCUCCAACCUGAACCUGCUGGCUGCCAACAGUGUGACCACAGUGCUGAUCCUCUGUGAGCACGUCAUGUCUGCCCACUUCGGCCAGCAGGUGGCAGCUGUGCAGCUGACCCCAUCUCAGCUCAGCCUCACAAUGUUCAACACCAACUCCCACCUCACCCUGCGUUCCGACAUGCACAUCAAGGGUGUCUGCGUCACCAAGGACACAGUCACAGUGUGGAACGGGAAGCAGGUCACUGUGUACGAACCCUCAGGGGCAACUCUACGCAACACAGGCUCUUUCCUGUGUGAGUCCCAGAUCUUAGCUGUGCAUGAUGAGAAUAUCUACACUGUGGAGCCCAAUAGAGUCCAGGUCCGCACACCACAGGGCACAGUGAAGCAGCUACUAGCCUUCUCUGAGGCCGAGGGCAACCCUGUGCUGCUCAGUGUGUGUCAGGGCUACCUGGUGGUGGGAACAGACACAGCUCACAUCAAGGUCUUUGACCUCACUCGCAGAGAAGCCAAAGCCCACUGCAGUGCUAAGAACCUAGUGGACCUGACCCCUAAUCUGGGAGCCCUGAGAUCGGUCAAGUGUAACGCCAAUGGCAACCAAGUCAGCAUCCUGGUCACUCGGGUGAAUGGGAGACCUGACCACAGAAUGUACUUCUAUGACGUAGAGAUGGACACACUCUCUCACUUUGACUUCUUCACUGGUAGACCGCCUAGUGGCAUCUCACAGGCCGACGACACAGAAAGACGGCCACUGACAGAGCUGAGCGAGAGAUGUCCUGUGUCUCAUUUCUGGGAUGAGAACGAGCCUCGUCUGUUUGUGUGUGAGACGGUACUGGUCAACUCUCCCCAAAUGGACCAUCUGGACAGGGUGGAUGUGCUCGUGGUGACGUUUUUCUGCACUCAGGAACAUGGGCUCCUCCUGCAGGACUCCUAUCCCAAACCAGCCGGCCUGCAGGCCCUACUGGCCCUGGACGUUCCCUACUACUACUUCACCUGUAAGACAGGUGAGAGGGAUCCAGAGGCGGAGGAGGCCCAAGCUCCAGACCCCACCCAAUCUCCAACCCUGGCCCAGGCCUCAGUCCCGGCUGCCCAGUCCCCCCACAUGGUGUCCAGACGAGCCCUCCGGGACUUUCAGGGCCUGGAGAACUGUGAAAAGGCCACCCGCGAUGCCAUGCUCAACUUUAGCUUCUACCUGACCAUCGGAAACAUGGACGAGGCCUUCAAGUCCAUCAAGCUCAUCAAGAGUGAGGCAGUAUGGGAGAACAUGGCGAGGAUGUGUGUGAAGAACCGGCGUCUGGACGUGGCACGGGUGUGUCUGGGCAACAUGGGUAAUGCCAGGGCGGCGCGGGCGCUACGGGAGGCCGAGGCCGAGCCUGAACUGGAGGCCAGGGUAGCAGUACUGGCCCUUCAACUGGGCAUGCUGGAGGAUGCAGAGAAGCUGUAUAAGAGCUGCGGGCGCUUCGACCUCCUGAACAAGUUCUACCAGGCAUCUGGCCAGUGGCAGCAGGCCGUGGAGACAGCAGAGACCCACGACCGUAUCCACCUCAGGACCACUUACUACAGCUAUGCCAAAUACCUGGAGGCCAUCGGAGACAAGAGCAUGGCCCUCGUGUUCUUUGAGAAGUCUGACACCCACCGGUUCGAGGUACCCAGGAUGCUCCUAGAUGAUGCACUGUCUCUGGAGAUUUACGUCAACAAAAUGAAGGACAAAAACAUCUAUAAGUGGUGGGCUCAGUAUCUGGAGAGCCAGUCAGACAUGGAGUCAGCACUACGCUACUACGAGUACGCACAGGACUUCCUCUCUCUGGUCCGCGUGCACUGCUACCUGGGGAACAUUCAGAAGGCGUCGGAGAUAGCCAAUGAGACGGGGAACCGUGCUGCCUCGUACCACCUAGCCCGGCAGUAUGAGAGUCAGGAGGAGAUCAAACAGUCUGUCCACUUCUACACACGAGCUCAGGCCUACAACAACGCCAUCCGCCUCUGCAAGGAGAAUGGUCUGGAUGACCAGCUGAUGAACUUGGCUCUCCUCAGUAACCCAGAGGACAUGAUGGAGGCUGCCUGUUAUUACGAGGAGAAGGGUUCUCAUAUGGACCGUGCUGUCAUGCUCUACCACAAGGCUGGUCAUUUCUCCAAGGCUCUGGAGGUGGCCUUUGCUACAGAACAGUUCGCUGCACUGCAACUCAUAGCAGAGGACCUGGAUGAGACAUCUGACCCAGCCCUGCUGGCCCGCUGCUCUGACUUCUUCAUCAAACACGGCCAGUAUGAGAAGGCUGUGGAGCUGCUUGUGGCCGCCAAGAAGUACCACGAGGCCCUGCAGCUGUGUCUGGACCAGAGCCUGACCAUCACUGAGGACCUGGCUGAGAGUAUGACCGUGACCAAGGAGUCCAAAGACCUCUCAGAGGAGGCCCGCAAGGAGCUACUGGAGAGAAUAGCUGACUGCUGCAUGCGCCAGGGCAACUACCACCUAGCCACCAAGAAAUACACACAGGCUGGCAACAAGCUAAAAGCCAUGCGGGCGCUCCUGAAGUCAGGGGACACAGAGAAGAUAGUGUUCUUCGCUGGCGUGUCACGUCAGAAGGAGAUCUACAUCAUGGCCGCCAACUACUUGCAGUCUCUGGACUGGCGGAAAGAUCCGGAAAUCAUGAAGAACAUUAUUAGCUUCUACACCAAAGGCAGGGCUCUGGACCUGCUAGCUGGCUUCUAUGAAGCUUGUGCCCAGGUGGAGAUAGAUGAUUACCAGAACUAUGAGAAGGCGCUGGGUGCUCUGACAGAGGCCUAUAAGUGCCUUUCGAAAGCUAAGGGCCGCAGCCCAGACGAACACGAGGCUCGCAUGGCUGAGCUGCAGCACAAGAUCACUCUGGUCAAGAGGUUCGUCCAGGCACGCAGGUUGUAUGAGGAGGACCCAGGUGAGGCAGUGCGUCUGUGCGAGGCCCUGCUAGAAGAGCCAGACCUGGACCCUGCUGUCAGGAUAGGAGAUGCAUAUGGCUUCCUGGUGGAGCAUCACUGUCAGCAGGGCAGCUUCCAGGUGGCCUACCGCAAGCUGGAGGAUCUGCAGAAGCUGCUGCCCUCUCUGAACAUCAGCUACUACGUGAGCCAGGGCAGCCUGGAUGCCCUGCAGAGGGCAGUGGGUGUACCCCUGGGCCGGGGGCAGCUCUCAGGCAGGGGAGACCGACGCAACAGCGGGGGAGAGGAGGACGAGGUGGAGGAGGACGAAGCCCUGGUGUCCCACCAAGGGGACUGAGGGCUGGGACACAACCCUGGUCUUGUGGGGCAAGAGGGUGUGCACGGUUUUGUUGUAGCCCAAAGCUGUCUAACCUGAUUCAGCUAAUCACGGUCUUGAUGAGCAGUUGAUUGGUUGAAUCAGAGUCCUAGGCUGGGACAAAAGCCUGCAUAUACUGCAGCCCUGCAAAAACAGGAAUAAAGAACGCCUCACUAAAGCCACAGAGACUUCUAAAUUAGGACUAGAGAGACAAGGUGGCCUGAUUCUAUGGCCAUUUCAUACAGGGUUAAAAACCUAACACGUUGCACCCUCCAAGAGGAUGGAUAGUAUACUCAGUGGAGAGUAUAAUGUUACACCCGAUGGAUCACUCAGACCAAUUACACAUUUUAUGAGUAUAUUUAUGGUAGAUGAAAUUCAAAAUAUAUUUACCAUACAAAUAGUUGGAUUUCAGAUAUUUUUUACACUAAUAAGCCUCUACUUCCAUUUGACAGAAAUUAAAAAUACAUUGCUAUACCUUGCACAACUAUACAAUAUUUGUUCUGCUGAUGCCGUUUAGCGUUUUGCUUUAUGCAGAAUGUUCUCUUUCAACUCAAAAUAAAGCCGCCUUCGGAUCUGAAAGUUGUGUGCAUCUUGGACCUAAACCGUCCUGAAAUUGAAACACCAAUGUUUUCUUUACCUGAAAUGCAUUUUGUAUUUGUGGUCAGAGUUUGUACAUUUCAACUGAAUGUGGUUUGUGUCGUGUGUAUUGAUAGUGUUUUGUACAUUUCUGUGAGUUAAAUUGAAAUCUUUGAGAUAUUUUGUAAAGUAAUCUGUACAGUAUUUUACAAUUUUUAAAUAAAAUGUUUAUACCUUU